GGCAGCAGCUGAAGGACCUGGGCGUCCGAGCCUGUUCACUUUCCAAGUGAGAGAAGGGGACGUCUGUUUUGCUCUCACGGUUCAGCCAGGUGGGAGAGAUGACAAUGGAGGUGGGCAGGCGAUAUCACACCCUGGACCACGUCAGGCACCAGGACGGGCUGGGAUCCUGCAGCGAAUAUGUGAAGUUCUCCAAGGAGAAGUACAUCCUAGAUUCGUCGCCCGAAAAGCUUCACAAGGAGCUGGAGGAGGAGCUCAAACUCAGCAGCACGGACCUCCGGAGCCAUGCCUGGUACCACGGGCGCAUCCCCCGGGAGGUCUCCGAGAGCCUGGUACAGAGGAACGGGGACUUCUUGAUCCGCGACUCGCUCACCAGCCUGGGGGAUUACGUGCUGACGUGCCUCUGGCACAACGAGCCCCUCCACUUCAAAAUCAACAAGGUGAUGGUGAAGUCCAGUGAGGGCCGCACCCACAUCCAGUACCUCUUUGAGCAGGAGAGCUUUGACAACGUGCCGGCGCUGGUGCGCUUCUACGUGGGCAACCGCAAGGCGGUCUCGGAGCAGAGCGGUGCCAUCUUCUACUGCCCCAUCAACCGCACGUUCCCGCUGCGCUACUUGGAGGCCAGCUACGGACUCGCCAAUGGGAAGCACAGCGGCUCACACGCCCACUCCAGCCAGAAAGGGGGGCACAUCAAACGCCGGAGCAUCACCAUGACCGACGGGUUGACGGCUGACAAAAUCACCAGGGGCGAUGGGUGCCCAACAAGCGUCUCCUUGCCACAUCACCGGGACAUCAUCCGGAACUGUGCAGUCAGUGUGGAUCAGAUCCAAGAUCUUCACUCCCCGAUGUCCCCCAUCUCCGAGACCCCUGCAACCCCAGCCUAUAGCACUGUUUCUCGGCUAAAACCACAGGCAGGUCAGGCCGGCAACGGCGUAACCCCGGGGUCCCCGGUCAUCAGGCGAUCCAGCGAACCGCAACUGUGCCAAGGAAACGGUAGCAAGCCCGACCAGCCGGACAGCAGCCACUCCACCCCUUCCCAUGGCUACUCCAAAGCUUCCCCUUCCCCUUCAGUCAGCAGCUACAGCGACCCGGACACGGGACAUUACUGCCAGCUCCAUCCCCCCUCCCCGGUCCAGUGGGACAGGCCGACUCAGGACGGCAAGCAGACGCCGGCCAAGAGCUACGUAGAGAGGCUAAAGGGGGACGAGAGCCAGAGGGGUCUCUCUCUCAACGGUUCCGAGGUGGAGGCCGGAUCCAGGAAGAGGCCCGAUCAGGACACGGCGGGCUUCGUUGUCCCGAUAGUGGAACGGACCUCCUCCUUCAACCCUGCCGUGUUCCACUCACGGCUCAUCCCUCUGGAGAAUAAGCCCCUGGAAAUGGCGGUGCUCAAAAAGGUCAAGGAGCUCCUGGCAGAGGUGGACGCCAAGACCCUGGCCCGACACAUCACCCACGUGGACUGCAUGGUUGCUAGGAUACUGGGCGUUACCAAGGAGAUGCAGAGGCUCAUGGGAGUGAGCUCGGGGAUGGAGUUGCUCACCCUGCCCCACGGACAUCAACUCCGGCUCGAUUUAUUGGAAAGGUUCCAUACGAUGACCAUCAUGAUCGCGGUGGAUAUUCUGGGAUGCACGGGCAGCAUGGAGGAGAGGGCCUCCCUCCUUCACAAGACCAUCCAGCUGGCUGCUGAGCUGAAAAGUACCAUGGGCAACAUGUUCAGUUUCGCCGCGGUCAUGAACGCGCUCGAGAUGAGCCAGAUCUCCCGGCUGGAGCAAACCUGGAUAGUCCUACGCCAGCGUCACACAGAGGGUGCCAUCCUCUAUGAGAAGAAACUUAAGCCGUUCCUAAAGAGCCUGAACGAAGGCAAAGAAGGAGGACCGCCACUGUCGAACACCACCUUCCCUCACAUUGUACCCCUCAUCACACUCCUGGAGCGAGACACGGCCCUUCCGGACAACCCAGAGCCCUGGGAAAACUUGGACAAUGGCGUGGAGGUCGUCAUGGCCCACCUGGAAGCAGCGCGGAUGGUGGCCCAUCACGGGGGGCUGUACCACACCAACGCGGAAGUGAAGCUGCAAGGCUUCCAGCCCCAACCGGAACUUUUAGAGGUCUUCAGUACAGAGUUCCAGCUGCGUCUUCUCUGGGGCAGCCGGGGUGCUGAGAGCAGCCAGAGCGAGCGCUACGAGAAAUUCAACAAGGUCCUCACAGCAUUGUCCAACAAACUGGAGCCUGCAGUGCGCUCUAGCGAACUCUAGCCUCACAAUGUGGACGUCUGAGCAAGCGAAGGGUGGGGUGCGGAAAACAGCCUGCGCCUUCCUCUUUGCAUCAGCUGUGAUAGGGUGCUGCCUUGGGUGGGGAGCGUGUCUCGGGCCGGCACAGGGAAGCCCGAAGUCUGCCGUUUCUGUCUGUAACAGUGACUGAGAAUGAAGACGCCAAGCCAGGAGUUGGCCUUUCUUAGCAUGAGAUACUGACAAUCAACAUACAAGUUGUAGAGUGGGUUGAUUUCCUUCCUGGGAAAACUGACAAUGACCUAGCCCCUCCUAGCUAUACCUCCUAGCCUUGCAAGCAGUAUAUGAAGAUGCACUGCUGAAGCAGGUUGGGUAUUUGCAUUCUACAUCCAUAGCAUGGUUCAUGACUGGCGCAAAAGCUCCCCAUCUGUGUGAGUAAGGACUUGAUGCUGCUUCACAUCUGGCCACAACUGACCUUGAUGCCUCGCCGUUGCAUUUUAGACCAGAGUGAAGAAAUCUUCUCCCUUCGCUCCCUUGCUGUUAGGUGUAAUCUGGGUGGUCCCCUAUCAGCUCUCUAAGGGUCUUCUGUGUUGUUCUCUGCUGUAUUUAACUGGAUCGAGAAGGGGUACUUCCACACAGACGGCUCCUAGGGCUGCC